UGUGGACGAGCCUCGCUCCAUCCCGCAAACGCGUUAACCCCCCAGGUUAAUGGGGCGUCUACUUCCAGUCAAAUGUAGUGUCAUGUGGACUCCACAUCCGGACCCCCAUUCCCUCCGGGGGAUGGCUAGGAGCCCAAUAAAUGUCCCCGCCGCCCCUUCACGAGCUUUCCUGCCAUUCCCAUCAACGUCGUCGUCAUGGAUACAUCCGAUACACCAACUAUGGAUGUCCGCCUACUUCCAGAUAUUUCGAAGCCGGUGAGAGACUUUCGCGAAAGCUCUUUCUUUCGCUCGGCGAGUAGUUCCUCCCCCACUCCUCAACUGCCGCCCCCAGCCAUAGUCCGCAAAGAAGGCCAAGUCCAAGGUCGUAAGACGGUCAAGUUCGAGCACUUGAACCUCGUCGUCAAGUUUGGUGACCCUUCUUGGGUCAGGCUAGAAGAGGCACAAGCAUUACGAGCAAUUGGCCAGCUGUUCCCAGCCAAGGAGGUCCCCGUGCCCGAGUUGUUUGGAUGGAGAGUCGACGAAGGCCAAAACUUCAUCUACAUGAGCCUGAUCCACGGCCCGACACUUGGGGAAGGGUGGUCAUUACUUAACCAAGAGGAAAAGAAGUCGAUAUGUGGUCAGCUGAGCGAGAUUGUGGCCUCCCUCAGACGAAUCCAGCAGCCGUCAACCCGCCCAUUCAUCGGCUCCAUCAACGGCGGGCCUGUUCAGGACAUAUACUUCCGCGGCGGCCAUGAGGCAGGGCCAUUCCAUAGUGUCCCGUCGUUCAACGACUGGGUUCAGCUGGCUGCGCUUCCAGGGUUGCCCAUUUCCGAGAGACCGGCCGAUCCUUACCGACUCUUCCUCCCCGACAGCUGCGCCGUCUAUUUUAGUCACGGCGACCUCCAUCUCCAAAACAUCAUCGUCUCCGAUACUCCAGGCUGUCGCAGGAUCAUUGGGAUUGUAGACUGGGAGCAGGCGGGUUGGUAUCCAGAGUACUGGGAGUACUGCAAAAUGACCAUUGCCGGACCCUAUAAUCACGAAUGGCAUGAGGACCAAUGGGCUGACUCGAUCGUGACGCCCUGCAAGGAAGAAUGGACAGCCUUUUCGGAGUACUGGAUGUGGCGACGCCCAUGAUGCUCAUCCGGCCACAGACCUGCAACUGGAGUAAAUACAUUGGGUUUGGGUGCUCUUUAAAAUCAGAUCUGACAACAAUUUAUUCGAUUAGAAA